UCCCCCUCUGACUGAGGGUGGUCAAGUUGACUCGCCCUGCAACAUGGCAGUAACGUGCUUUCAGUGGAGAGCAGUAAACAAUCCACAAUAGCAUGAAGAAAACGAAUCGUCCCGAGUCUGUCUUCAGGAAUAAUCUGCUGUUUGAAGCUUCGGUGUAAUUUAUUGCAGCUUUGCGGUUCAUGCGCAUUUAAACGCAUGGACUGGAUGUCCUGAUGAUUGAGUGAGCGCACUUGAUGGCACACAAAAGCUAAAGUUAUUUCGAGUGGUUUUGACCUGUGAUCAGCUGAACAGUGAUGCUCUUUAAGUGACAUCGCUGCUAUUCCUCUGCAAACAAAAAUUCGGAUCGGUCUGACGUCCCUGCUUCGGAACUAAAAAGCUUCGCUGUCAGAGAUGGACGGCAUCGGGAACACCAUGCAGAAGAAGGCUGCUGAGCUGGAGCGCAUGGCCGAAGUCCUCGUUACUGGAGAACAAUUACGGCUACGGCUCCAUGAGGCUAAGUUGAUCAAAGACAGGAGGCAUCAUCUCCGGACCUACCCAAACUGCUUUGUGGCCAAGGAGAUCAUUGAUUGGCUAAUUGAGCACAAAGAAACAUCUGACAGAGAUACUGCCAUCAAGAUCAUGCAGAAACUUCUUGACCAGAGCAUCCUUCACCAUGUUUGUGAUGAGCACAAGGAGUUCAAAGAUAUGAAGCUGUUCUACCGUUUCAGGAAGGACGACGGAACCUUUCCAUUGGACUGUGAAGCCAAAGUUUUUAUGAGAGGCCAACGGAUAUAUGAGAAGUUGAUGAACACUGAAAACACCCUGCUGCAGACGCGUGAAGAGGAGGGUGUGACGUAUGAGCGGACGCUGGUGGCCUUAGAGUUUAUAGACUGGCUCCUGCAGGAAGGUGAAAUGCCCACCAGACAGGAGGCUGAGCAUUUGGGACGCAGACUGCUGGAGCAUGGCAUCAUUCAGCAUGUUUCUAACAAGCACCAUUUUGUGGAUGGCGGACUGCUUUACCAAUUCAGGAUGAAUUUCCGGCGGCGGCGGCGACUGAUAGAGCUUUUGAAUGAGCGCUGUCGCAGCAUACCGGAGAACCAUGACAGCCCUUUCUGUCUACGCAAACAGGGCUCUGAGGGGGGAAACACCAGCUUCCUUUCAGUGAGCCCCACUAAAGAGAUAAAAGUGGUGUCUGCGGUACGGCGGAGCAGUAUGAGCAGUAGUUGUGGCAGCAAUGGUUACUAUAGCAGCAGCCCCACACUCAGCAGCAGCCCUCCUGUGCUCUGCAACCCAAAGUCUGUGCUGAAGAGACAAGUGAGCCCAGAGGAACUUCAGGCUCCUGGUGGACUUUACAUAAAGAAGACAUUCACAAUUGUGGGAGAUGCAGUGGGCUGGGGAUUCGUGGUGAGAGGAAGUAAACCCUGCUACAUCCAGGCAGUGGACCCUGGCGGACCCGCUGCAGCAGUGGGAAUGAAGGUGUGUCAGUUUUUGGUGGCGGUUAAUGGAAUGAAUGUGCUGAAUCUGGACUACAGGACUGUCAGCAACCUCAUCCUCACUGGCCCCAGUACAGUGUUCAUGGAGGUUAUGGAGGAAGCAGAAUACUGAAGACGAGCUCACAACAGCUCUUUAGUCUUUCUGUUCUUCUCAAUCUCUUUUCUCUUUGCUGGAUUUUCUUCAGUGGGUCAACUUUCUUCAGUUUAGGGGCAGCUGUGGCCUAUUGGUUAGAGAAUUGGACUUGUAACCAGAAGGUUGCAGGUUCGAGUCUCAGCGCUGGCAGGAGUUGUAGGUGGGAGGGAGUGAAUGAACAGCGCUCUCUUCCACCCUCAAUACCCAUGGCUGAAGUGCCCUUGAGCAAGGCACUGAACCCCCACUUGCUCCCCGGGCGCUGGAUAUAACUGCCCACUGCUCCAGGUGUGUGUUCACGGUGUGUUCACUUCUCACUGCUGUGUGUGUGCACUUGGAUGGGUAAAAUGCAGAGCACCAAUUUCGAGUAUGGGUUACCAAAAUGUCACGACUUUCACUUUCACUUUUCACUUUCACUUUUAAUGUUCGGUUCAAUGGAAUGUACAGAGAAGUGAACUCUUGAUUCCGUUCAUCAUUUCGAUUCAAAUCAUUAGCUUAAAGAGCAUGACACUCUUCCAUGCUUUGAAAUCUGUGCCUCCUAUCGGCUCCUCAUUGACUGUUACGGGUCCAUGACAGUUAAGACUGUAACUGGACAGAUUAUAUGGGAAAAGCAGCUGCCAGAUAUAAUUUUUAUCUGAACCGAAGUAUUUAAAACACUCUUGGUAGGUUUGCAGAACCAGUGAAAAAACUAAUAUAUGUGUGCCAUUCAGGUGAGUGCACAAUUCAGGGCUCUUUUACGACUGUUUCAUUAUUUAGAGUUUAGGCUGUGAGAUUUGGAGAGUAAAGGAAUACCACAUUGUAUCAGGUUUUUUUUUUGUUUAUUUGACUUUGGUAAAUUAAUGGCAUCACAUUGUGUGGUUAGUUUUAAAUAACCGUUUUAUAAUCCCUGUCAUGCUUGCCGGGACUUAGUAAAAUAAUAUAUACUGACAUAAAUGCAGGGGACAGCCAACAACAACACUUACGGACUUUUAAGUGAAUCUUGAGAGUGAAUGUUUAAAAAGCUACGCACAUCAGAAAUUUGCUGUUGUACUAUAACUCAUGUCUUGUUUUAAAAGUUUAUUGUGAAAUUAGUUUAAAGGUUCUGUCUUUUGUCUCAGUGCCAUCAAAAAGGCAAGUAGUUACCUGUAUAAUGCUAAUAUUAUAUGACAUCAUUGAAAAUUUCAUUUUAUAAAAGAGUUACGGCAGAAAUGUUGUAUACUUUACAAAAGUUUGAGAACGCAGACAAUUUAAUAAUGUGCAUUAUUAUUCCAAUUGUGAUUUUAUUCAGGUAAGUUGCUAUUGACUUUAACUAACCAGCUUAGUGAUUAUCUUCAAACCUUUAAACUCUCGGUCCACUUUAACAGAGGUUGAUAUGAAAGAGAAAAGUGGCUUAAAAAAUGCUAAUUAUGAAUUGUGGUCACAGUCAGAGACAUUUCGGAACACAACAAUGCUCAAAACAGAGUUGUGUGUCUAUAUGAGUCUGCUUUCAUGUACUUGCAUAGAGUAUUUUUACUUACUGUUUUAACUUUUAAACUUACUGCCAUGGAAAAUUUAGAAAUGUCAUGUAGUGUUCAUAGAGUAAAUCAGUCGAUAAGACAACAGUCUAUGGAUUCACUCACCAAAUUAUGUAACUAGUUUAAGAAAUACAUUUGUAAUUCUAUCUAAGGAUUUAUUAGAGAAAUUGGAAAUAUACAGUAGUGCUGUAUAUGCAAACUCCUAUAUGCACGUGUAUUGUACAAAGCAGGCAUCUGUGUAAGAAUGAAGACAUGUCAUGACAAAACACGUUUAUUAUGUGCUCAUCUUCCACGAAAUCCUCUGUGGGAUUUUUUUUUUUUUUUUUUUUUUUUGCAGGUUGCUUAUUGUGCAAUUGUACUCAUUUGUAUCAAUGAGAAUGACAAACAAGUCACAUGAUCUUUUGUUUUUAAUGAUAGUAAGCUAGAAUCUUUUGCCUUAAUGAUAUGUAUUGUGCUGCUAAUUUUCACGGAUGAACACGUAAAAUCAUUAAUGGUAAAGUCCUCUUUUAAAGACAGUAUGGGGGUGAAAAUGACAAUCAGCAUUAAGGUAGUCUGUUAAAUACUGGGCCAGAUAUGUGCCACAUCUUCCUCACUGCCGGAAGUCUGAGCUAAUCUAAUAUUCAUAUAGUUCUUCUGUUCUGAAAUAAAAUAAAAAUGAGAGUUUCAUCCAAAACUGGAGUUCAGUGCAGCUGAGUGCAAUGCACAUGUGUCUGUUUAAAGGGAUAGGUCACCAAAAAAAUAAAAAAAAAUAAAAAAUAAAAUCUGUCAUUUACUCACCCUCGAGUUGUUCCAAACCUGUAUGGGUUUCUUUCUUCUGCUGAACACAAAAUAAGAUAUUUUGAAGAAUGUUGGUAACCAAACAGUAGCCUGACAUCUGUAGUAAUCGAAUGGCUAAAGGAAACUGUUUAUUGUUGUUAAAGGAAAUUGUUUAUUAAACGCUUUGAUUUAAACAUUU